CUUAUUUCAUAAACUUUCAAAUGUGUUAACUCGGUGAUUCAAAAAAAGUUAGUAAAAUUAGUUAUUUCAAAUCAUACUUAUAAUACCAAAUUCGUGGUUCAAUUGAUUAUAUUAAAUAGAAAGUUAAAUAAAUACAAGCAAUACAGUAGAUUAAAAGAAAGCAAGAAAGUGAUCAAAAAUAGAAGCUGCCAAUCGGAAACAGCCCACCACCAAAAAGCGGCGGUUUAACGUUAAAGAAAGAAACUUUCGACUGCCGCGGCGGUGGGGGCUCGCGAAAUCGCUGCUCAAUUCAAUUCCGCUGCGGAAAUCGGUGAAUCGUCUCAUCCAUGGGCCAAGAAUCGUUCAUAUACAGCUUCGUGGCACGUGGCACGAUGGUGCUGGCGGAGUACACCGAGUUCACCGGCAAUUUUCCGGCGAUCGCAGCUCAGUGCUUGCAGCGUCUGUCUUCGACCAACAACAAGUUCACCUACAACUGUGAUCACCACAUUUUUAACUUUUUAGUUGAGGAUGGAUACGCUUACUGUGUCGUUGCCAAAGAAUCUGUUGGAAAACAGAUCUCAAUCGCACUUUUGGAACGCAUUAAAGCUGAUUUCAGGAAAAGAUAUGGUGGUGGUAAAGCCGAUACAGCAGUUGCAAAAAGUCUCAACAAAGAAUUUGGGCCUCAAAUGAAAGAACACAUGCAAUAUAUCAUUGAUCACGCUGAUGAGAUCGAGAAACUAUUGAAAGUUAAAGCCCAAGUUUCCGAAGUCAAAAGUAUUAUGCUGGAGAAUAUAGACAAGACUAUAGAAAGAGGCCAAAACCUAACGGAUCUCAAUGACAAGGCUCAAGACUUGCGCGAGUCGGCUCAAGUGUUCAAGACAGGAGGGACACAACUCCGGCGAAAGUUGUGGUACCAAAACAUGAAAAUAAAGUUGGUUGUGCUCGGAAUUAUCCUCUUCCUAGUCCUCAUUAUCAUCCUCUCUAUCUGCGGGGGUUUCAACUGUUAGUAUUCUCGGCCUCCGUCUUCACUCGUCUCGUCUCGAUUAGUGGUUAAAGAGGUUUCUCCAUGCCUCAACAGCUAACAACUCUUCCCUCUUGAGCCCAUGUUGUUUGAUUCCCAUAUUAUUGCUUCAACUGUUUUUUCCAUGUAAAAUAGACAACAUUUUUUUUUCCAGUUUUACAAAAGAAAUGAAUCAAUGAUAUAGAUAAUUUUAUUGAUGAAAAA